CGUUAAUUUUCCGCCACUUCUCAAGUACAUUUAAUAAAAAUGCAGUCACUGCGUCAUUCAUUCGAAAAACGCUGAACUGAGAACACAUUAGAAUAAUUGUGAAAUAAACUUAAUAAAUAAUAGAGAAAAAAGAUAACAAAAGUUCAAUAUAUAACAAUAUUACUUGAGUAUAAAUAACUAAAAUAAAAACAAAAAGUUCUAAAAAUGAUGGCCGGUAAGGAAAACAUUAUUGACAACAUGGAUAAAUUUUCUUUAAAGAGUCCUCGUAAAGUCCUUACCGCCGUCAAUGUGGGUAAGGUGCGUAAAUUGUCGAUCGGUGAUGACAUGCAAACAAAUGGUAAAAGCCAAGAUGUUAAAGAGUUAAAUGAAACUGCCCCUAAUACAGCAGGCACUUCUUUGGCCAAUAAAGCACCUGUGCCAUUCGAUCCCAGCAUUGAACCUUUAUUAAAGGAGAAUCCAAGACGUUUUGUUAUAUUCCCCAUACAAUAUCUGGACAUUUGGCAAAUGUACAAAAAGGCCGAAGCUUCUUUUUGGACUGUAGAAGAAGUGGAUCUUUCCAAAGACAAUUCCGACUGGGAAAGACUCACCGACAAUGAACGUCAUUUCAUUUCACAUGUUCUAGCUUUCUUUGCUGCUUCCGAUGGCAUUGUCAAUGAAAAUCUUGUUGAACGCUUCUCCCAAGAAGUACAAGUUACAGAGGCACGCUGUUUCUAUGGCUUCCAAAUUGCCAUGGAAAAUGUACACUCUGAAAUGUAUAGUAUUCUAAUUGAUAGUUAUAUUAAGGAUCGCGAGCAGCGUGAUUAUCUCUUUAAUGCCAUUGAAACUAUGCCGGCUGUUAAGCGUAAGGCUGAUUGGGCUAUGGCUUGGAUUUCCUCGAAAUCGGCUAAUUUUGGUGAACGUAUUAUUGCUUUUGCUGCUGUGGAGGGUAUUUUCUUCAGUGGCAGUUUUGCCUCCAUCUUCUGGCUAAAGAAACGUGGUCUUAUGCCUGGUCUUACAUUCUCCAAUGAAUUGAUUUCACGUGAUGAGGGUUUACAUUGUGAUUUUGCGGUAUUAAUGUUUAAACAUUUGGUACAACGUCCCAGUCGGGAGAGAAUUAUUGAAAUUAUCACCGAAGCGGUGAAAAUUGAACAAGAAUUCCUUACAGAUGCUUUGCCCGUCAAUUUGAUAGGCAUGAAUUGUAAAUUGAUGUCAGAAUACAUAGAAUUUGUGGCCGAUCGUUUGCUAGUGGAAUUGGAAGUGGGAAAGGUUUACAACACCAAAAAUCCCUUCCCCUUUAUGGAAAUGAUCUCUUUGGAUGGCAAAACUAAUUUCUUUGAACGUAAAGUUGGUGAAUAUCAAAAAUUAGGUGUAACUACUCACCGUUUAGAUAAUGUUUUUACAUUAGAUGCCGAUUUUUAAAACAAUAAUGCACU